AGCUACCUCCACAAUCCGCUUGGCUACUUGUGCUCCCCAGAUUUCUGCUCAGUUACACACACCCACAGCCAUAUGCGAGUACGACACACAACCACCAGCUAGCACCAGCCAGCACAAUGGAGCACGCGCAUGACGAGCUCAGCCUCGAGCUCACCCUGGCCGCCGCCGUCGUGGCCCCGGCGCCCGGCUUCUUCCUAUGCGUGUACUGCCACCGCAAGUUCCGCACCUCGCAGGCUCUCGGCGGCCACCAGAACGCGCACAAGGAAGAGCGAGCCGACAAGCGCCGCCGGGAGACUGCCGCCGCCACGGCGCAUGCUUCGAAACCGGAGAGGGCUGCCGCCACUGUUUGGGUGUCCGAGGAGGCAGCAGCAGCAGGUGGCAUGGCACACAAGCGCAACACGAGCUCGUCGGAGCGCGGCCAUGAGCUGGACUUGUCCCUCCGGCUAUAAUUGGUCGUUCAGUCGAUAUAUCUCCUAUUUCCGGUCCUAGCUGGAUCACACCACUAAUGUGCAUUGGUCACGUAUCUGGAAAUUCUUCACUCUUUGGAUGUUUGUGCAAAAUAUCCACCUUGAUGAGCUUGACAAGGAUGAUAUUGUCUGGAAGCACACUAAUGAUGGGAUCUACUCGGUGGCCUCCACUUAUAGAUCCCAAUUCUUAGUGUUUGGUCCACUCCCCCUUGAAUCGCAUGAUAUGCAAGAAUUGUAUGCAACCAAAGGUCUAGUUUUUUGCUUGGUUAGCUACACAGAAUAGGAUUUGGACCGUCAACAGAUUGGCCAAGCACCGGUGUGAGAAUUGUGGCCUUUGCCUUCUUUGCAAAAGGGGACAAGAAACCGGGACACACCUCUUCGCCAAGGGCCUGUACACCCUUUGGCUUUGCAACAUGGUGGUUGCAAAACUUGAUUUUGUGCAUGCGGAUACAUCUUCUUGGCAUUUGGACGGCUCCAUUGAUUCGUGGGCUAGUAGAACCGACAUGAAUAUUCAUUCUAGAAAAGCAAUGGCCUCACUCACCAUGCUUGUUUGUUGGGCAAUUUGAAAUGAAAGGAACGCCCGUAUUUUCUGGCACAACAGUGCACCGCUCCCGGUUGUCCUAAACAUCAUCUUGGAGGAGGCUAGGCUUUGGGUCGGCGUGGGUGCAAAGAAACUAAGGGAAAUUUUAUGGCGUGAGUAAUUGCCAUGCGGUUUUGUAAGGGACAUGUGUAAAACUCUAUUCCGCUCUUAAUUAGUAGAUGAGAGAAAUCUUUUGCCUCCCAUUCAAAAAUAAUAAAUAUUAUGGUUCAUUGGUCGAGCCUGGACAUGUCGAUGGGAAGGCAAGAACCCCACUCACCACCAGUGUGAUGGUUUGUUUUAUUCUGUGACAGAAAACAUUUUGCCAGAUUAUGCUUUUGAGUGUUCCAUACAAUUCGUUGUGUGGUAAGUGUUUUUAAUAGUGUGCGAUGACCCAUUCAACUAUGUACAUUAGUGUGCCAAUGAAAAGAAGUCCACAACGGGUGUGGUAUCAUGAGAAGGGACGACGAGCAUCUUUGACAGGUGCACAAAAACUACUCGACGCGCUAAAAUUCAGGUUUUCUGGGCGCCGACACCUCCUGCUGAAGCUGUAAAAUAGUGCACGCGUAAAAAAACGUUUGGGCACAUGCUAAGAAACGCUAUCAGAAGCUGCAAAUUUAGGACGCCGGAUGGCGCGCGCUUCAUAAUUUGCACUGCGUGUUUUUUUAGGCGCGUGUUUUUGGGCAUCACAAUAUUAAGUUCGGCACGCUAAAAGUGCUACAAUGACGUGCUAAAACUAUUUUAGCGCGUGAAACUUUUGAGCGUGUGUUGGAGAUGCUCUAACAACGAGCCCGUGGGCGGUAAACCUCUCACGGUAAAAUGGUACUCAUGCAUGAGCUCCAGUAAUGUCCAGGCAGUCUCUGACUCGGGUCAGUAUGCUAUUUUUUUCUCGUUGGUUCGUCACAAUAAAUGGACACUGGCCGCUGCCCGGUGGUGCGCAGCAUAUCUACGUACGGUCCGCAGCCUUAUAUUGCAGCAGCUGCUGCCUUGCCAUCAAAUGUAAGGUCCAAACGGCUCCCUGCCCGGCUUGUCCGUGGCCAAUCAUGCUAGACAACCAGAGGCAGGUCCAUGAAAAGAAGAGGCACGUUCCUAAAACGGUCGCCCAUCCGAGCUACCUCCGGUGAAAGCUUACCACUCAUCUACGCUGAGACCGAGGUGGUUGGAUCAGAGGUUCCAUCUUCUCACGACCUACCGGCACACUGUACGCCGG